AUGGCCAUUGGAAGAAGUGACCAGUCUUCAUGGAGACAGAGAUACAUGAUGGGGAUAAAGAACGACACGAUCAAUCCGCCGAGAGAAUGGGUCGACGUGCGGUACGAGUAUGGACAAUCGAGGCAAGCUUUUAAUGGUGGAUAUGGUGUUACUGGAGGGCGGACGCCGGGAUGGAGGACACCUGGCCUGGGAGGGAGGACACCAGGAGGGGGUACACCGGGGCCGGGGUGGAGGACACCGGGGCCGGGGGGGAGGACACCUGGCUUCGGAGGGGGGACACCUGGCUUCGGAGGGGGGACACCUGGCUUCGGAGGGGGGACACCUGGCUUCGGAGGGGGGACACCUGGCCCCGGAUGGUGGACACCUGGUUUCGGAGGGAGGACACCCGGUCGGACAGAGAGGACACCAGGAGGGAGGACACCUGGUCUGGGAUGGCGGACACCAGGGCCAGGAGGGGAAACCUUUGGUCCGGGUUGGCGGACACCAGGUCCGUGGGGGAGGACAUCAGGAGGGGAAACACCUGACCCGGGAUGGCGGACACCAGGCCUGGGAGGGAGAACACCCGGUCCGACAGAGAGGACAUCAGGAGGGAGGAGGCCUGAUCCAGGAGAGAGGACAGCGAAUCCUGGAUGGCACACGACACGAACGAUGGACGAACACCGAAUUACCAUAGAGAAAAUCUACGACACGAUAGGCGCCCGGACGUAUCGACAUCAUAUGCCAAAUGUCAAUACAGCAGAGACUACCCAAGGUACUGGUACACAUCGGCCUAAGUACACAGAGGUAGAGACCACCUCGAACUCAAGAAAUCACUCCGGACACAGAAUAACAGCCGAACCUCACCGUGACCGAUUGAAUGACAUACCCAAAGAUCCCAUGAUGGAGAGGUUGGAGAUGAGGAGAGAAUCUGAUCGUGUUCUUGAAGGAAAUAAAGUGUAUGUUCCGUCAGGACAAAGAUCUGGGUGGGGGGAAGAUUCUCGGAAAUAUUACGUGUCAAUGUUACAAACUCUAGGAGCGAAAAUCGUUAAUUCAUCCUAUAGCGCAACCCAUAUCUUGAUCCUCUUACCCGCUUGGUAUCCUGAUGAGUUAGCUGCUGCUGUAAGAGGGGAAUGGAGGGAUCAUUUGGUUUUGGAUACUAGGUGGGCUUACGAUUGUGCGAUUCAUGGUUAUCUUGGAAGUGAAGCUAAUUGGGGUGGAUGGAGAAUAAAACAUCACUUCCUACCACCUUUAACCGAAUAUGACUCCAUCCCACAGCCUAUCCCCAGGUCCGUGUCAGACCCAUCUCUUCUUUUAUCGAAGUUACAUCCGGCCUACCGAAGCGAAUUGCCUGUUACUGGUCACUUGGACAACUCUUCUAUCGGUAGUACGGCGCUUACAACAUCAAGUAUUCAUCACAUGAACGAAGCCAUCACUUCCACUGUAAGCAAAACAUGUGGUGAGCAAGAACCCGUUGUCCCCCCUCAAAUACAGGUAAACCAGGCGGUAUCGAACUACGACAGAAAUCGUGAUCCUCGAAUCCGUGCGAAACUCACUCUGCCUCCUGUACCUGUUGAUGAUUGUGCUGUCGAUGUGAUACAAGGCUAUGGAAUGGCUAAGGAAAGUCAUCAACAGGAGAAGGGGGGACAACCAUUAGACAGACCAAAAGUGACCGUUUCUCAAUUUAACCUACCAACCCCAUCGACAAACGCUUCGCCUUUCAAAAGGGACAAACCUAUGGCUCCUACCUCGAUACCUCCUCCACCAUCAAUACCCCCUCCACCGCUGCCGUUUUCGCCGUCACCUACACCUAUAUCACCUCCACCACCACUGCUGCCGUUCCCGCCGUCACCUCCAUCUAUAUCACAUUUUCCACCUCCUCCAUCUCCUCCACCUCCUUUACGACGUUCCCGUAAGCUUAUUCGUCCGUUAUCUCUGCGGACACCCAUACAAAUCGCUGCGCCCACUCCUAUAUCAUCUCCAUUACCUCAAACCUUUCCUCCUGGACCGCAAGAGUCAGGGAACGAUCAACCCGAGGGAAGGCAAAACAGUCCACCAGUGCUCGCUCAGAAACCAGUGAGGAGUAUCUUUUCACUACCCCCUCGUCCAGAACCGAUCAGUAGGUUGGUCAGGUCGGAUAUCUCAACAAGACCAAUCCCUAUGUCUUCUUGUGAGACCUAUCAAAGAGGACGUUUGGUCUCAUCGGCUCUAGCUCCAGAUCCGGCAACCGUCAUUGACAGAAUCAGAUCGGAGGUCAUAAAUUCCACAGUAUCUAGCGGUUCUAAUAUGCCCGACCGAAUACGAACAGAUAACACUCUCAAUGCCAGGAAUUUGGCUGACAACAUACAAAGAGAGGGUCCACGCAAUGGUAGGAAUUCGGCUGUGGAGAUACAAAGAGCGAGUCAACCCAUCAAGGAAAUAUCGGACGAGGCACAAGAGGUAAAUAUGGAGUUAACGGAUAUUUCCGACACAGAGGACACUGAAGUGGAUCGUCCUGCUUCUAGUAGGGAACUCUCUCAGGACUCUCUCCUUGAUAUAUUACUUGAAGAAAGUACCGGUUCUUUUCAGGAGGAGAUUGUUGACAAUCGUAAAAGGGGAGAGCAAGAGGAGGACGUCCAAGUUGAAAUGGAUCCCUGUGUUGAAAAUAAUGUUUCAACAAUAACAUCAUCUCCUGAUAGCCCACAUUCUCCUCUUCCCACAGGCGAGAUAUCUAGACAGAGAAGCUCUUCCCCUGAGAUACCCUUGAUAUAUCUCCGUCAAACAGGAAUCAGUCGAACUACUACAGGGUCUACAUCUUCGAUCAUCUCCUCAAAAUCGCUUCAAGCUUCCUCCUCUCACGCCACCAUCAACAUAUCGCCAAAACAAAGACCGUAUAAACGCCCUCGGAUUGAUUCUGGGAAAGGUUGGAAAGGGUACAUCGAAAUAUGUGAAGAAGAAAAGGAAGAAGAGAAUAUCGAUGUUUCCAAGAUCCCUGGAGAAGUAGAUAUCUACGCUCCAAGGACAUUAAGACCAAGAGAUAGCAAAAGGUUAAAAAGGAGUCAACAUUGUUCAAAUCUUGAUGGAGACGUCGCUACUGAGGUAUUGCCUGUUAUAGGGAGAAAGGAGACCAGCCAACGGUCUGAUACAUUGUCAACUAAGAUGAGAAUCAAAAUUGUUGGAAAAGGUAUAGCCUCAUCUUCGACGCACGGAUAA